CGUCCCCCUCACGUCAGUUUAUGGUAAAUCCAUGUCCACUCCUGCUGUACCGAAGACGUCUAUCGGCUUUAUAAUCCGACGUGAAAACUGGGAUGCUGGGGGAUCCGUGAAGCCGGGGGCUCCUGGGCAUGGUUCUGGCACCACCAGGCAAUGAAUGUUGUAACUCGUCUGUAUUUUUUCAUUAAGAGUAAAUACGCAGCAGUACCGUCCGCACGAGAGAGGUUCUUCUGUUAAAUUUUACCCGUUUUUUUUUUUUUUUUUUUUUUUUUUUCUUGAAAUACAUUCUUUGACGCUUGAGAAGAAGCACCGGCAGCAGCCACAGGGAGCAGAACUAACACGCCGCGGCCGCUUGACAGGUGCCGUCGGCCGGCUCUGUGUGGAGAGAUGCCGCCCGUCCAGAGAACGGUGUCUGAUCUUCGUACCCGGUCGGAGGGAUAUGAAAAGACGGAGGACACGUCAGAAAAGACGGCCUUAGCUGACCAAGAAGAUGCACGACUGAUAUACCUCAACCAGCCGCAGUUCACCAAGUUUUGCAACAAUCGAGUCAGCACAGCCAAAUACAAUGUCCUCACCUUCCUUCCCCGGUUCCUCUACUCGCAGUUCAGGAGGGCAGCCAAUGCCUUCUUUCUCUUCAUUGCACUGUUGCAGCAAAUACCAGAUGUGUCUCCCACUGGUCGCUGGACCACACUGGUGCCACUGCUAUUCAUCCUGGUGGUGGCUGCUGUCAAGGAGUUCAUUGAGGAUCUGAAACGCCACAAUGCUGACAGUGUUGUCAACCGAAAGGAAUGUCAAGUACUGAGGAACGGUGCCUGGGAGAUUGUGCACUGGGAGAAGUUGGCUGUCGGGGAAGUAGUCAGAGCUGCAAAUGGGGAUCACCUCCCGGCUGACCUCGUCAUACUGUCGUCCAGUGAACCACAGGGUAUGUGCUACAUCGAAACAUCGAACUUGGAUGGAGAAACGAACCUGAAAAUCCGACAGGGUCUCCAAAUGACCGCUGAAAUAAAGGACAUCGACAGCCUGAUGCGUCUCUCUGGGCGGAUGGAGUGCGAGAGCCCGAACCGCCAUCUGUACGAGUUUGUUGGGAACAUCCGCCUGGAUGGACACAGUACAAUGCCACUGGGUCCAGACCAGAUCUUACUGAGAGGAGCCCAGCUGAGGAACACUCAGUGGAUUCAUGGUGUGGUGGUCUACACUGGACAUGACACAAAGCUCAUGCAGAAUUCCACUCGGCCUCCUCUGAAGCUGUCCAACGUGGAGCGUAUCACCAACUUUCAGAUCCUUGUGCUGUUUGGCUGCCUGCUGGCCAUCUCUCUGGUUUGCUCCAUUGGCCAAACCAUCUGGAAGUACCAGUACGGCAAUGAUGCCUGGUACAUGGAUCUCAACUCUCCAGAUGGCGGGGCGGCUAACUUUGGCCUCAACUUCCUCACCUUCAUCAUCCUGUUCAACAACCUGAUCCCCAUCAGUCUCCUGGUCACACUGGAGGUUAUCAAGUUCAUCCAAGCCUUUUUCAUCAACUGGGACACUGAUAUGCUCUAUGAGCCCACAAACACACCUGCCAUGGCUCGCACCUCCAACCUGAAUGAAGAACUCGGCCAGGUGAAAUACAUUUUCACUGAUAAGACGGGGACCCUCACCUGCAACGUGAUGCAGUUCAAGAAGUGCACCGUCGCUGGAGUGGCCUACGGCCACGUCCCUGAGGCUGAGGAGGGUAGUUUUGCAGAGGACGACUGCCACAGCACACACUCAUCGGAAGAGGAGGGAUUUAAUGACUCAAGCUUACUGGAAAACCUCCAAAGUAAUCACCCUACAGCUGCUGUCAUCCUGGAGUUCAUGACCAUGAUGGCCACCUGUCACACUGCAGUCCCCGAGCGCAUAGAUGGAAAAAUAAGCUACCAGGCUGCAUCUCCAGAUGAAGGAGCUCUGGUGAGAGCAGCACAGACCCUCGGCUUUGUGUUUUCUGGUCGUACCCCAGACAGCGUCAUUGUGCAGAUGCCUGGAACAGAGGAGAAAUACGAACUACUUCAUGUCCUGGAGUUUACAAGCACGAGGAAGAGGAUGUCAGUCAUCAUGCGCACCCCAUCUGGGAAAAUCCGCCUCUACUGCAAAGGAGCUGACACAGUGAUCUAUGACCGCUUGGCAGACAGCUCGAGGUACAAAGAGAUCACAUUGAAGCACCUGGAACAGUUUGCUACUGAGGGGCUUCGCACUCUGUGCUUUGCAGUGGCGGACGUCAGUGAGUCGUCCUAUCAGCAGUGGCUGGAGAUCCACCACAGAGCCUGCACUUCCCUGCAGAACAGAUCCCUGAAACUGGAGGAGAGCUAUGAACUGAUAGAGAAGAACCUGCAGCUGCUCGGGGCCACAGCGAUAGAGGACAAGCUCCAGGAUAAGGUGCCUGAGACCAUUGAGACUUUGAUGAAAGCGGACAUCAAGAUCUGGAUCCUGACGGGGGACAAACAGGAGACAGCCAUUAACAUUGGACAUUCCUGUAAACUACUGACCAAGAACAUGGGUAUGCUCGUGAUCAAUGAAGACACCCUUGAUAGAACAAGGGAAACGCUCAACCAUCACUGUGGCAUGCUGGGAGAUGCCCUCUACAAGGAGAACGACUUUGCUCUCAUUAUUGACGGGAAGACUCUCAAAUACGCCCUUACAUUCGGAGUGCGACAGUACUUCUUGGACCUCGCCCUGUCUUGUAAAGCUGUCAUAUGCUGCAGAGUAUCUCCUCUUCAGAAAUCAGAGGUGGUGGAAAUGGUAAAGAAACAAGUGAAGGUGAUCACGCUGGCCAUCGGUGACGGCGCUAACGACGUGGGAAUGAUCCAGACCGCUCAUGUCGGUGUGGGAAUCUCAGGCAACGAGGGUCUGCAAGCGGCAAACUCCUCUGACUACUCUAUUGCCCAGUUCAAAUACUUGAAGAAUCUGCUGCUUGUCCACGGAGCCUGGAAUUACAACCGCGUAGCCAAGUGUAUCCUGUACUGCUUCUACAAGAAUAUUGUCCUCUACAUCAUUGAGAUCUGGUUUGCGUUCGUCAAUGGCUUCUCAGGGCAAAUCCUAUUUGAACGCUGGUGCAUCGGCUUGUACAACGUGAUCUUCACUGCUCUGCCUCCUCUCACUCUGGGAAUAUUUGAGCGCUCUUGCAGGAAAGAGAAUAUGCUGAAAUACCCAGAACUCUACAAAACCUCCCAGAAUGCUAUGGGCUUCAAUACAAAGGUCUUCUGGGCCCAUUGUCUGAACGGCCUCUUCCACUCCGUCAUCCUCUUCUGGUUCCCCCUUAAAGCCUUCCAGCAUGAUACAGUUUUUGGCAACGGAAGAACUCCAGACUAUCUCCUCUUAGGCAACAUGGUUUACACAUUUGUGGUCAUCACAGUUUGUCUUAAAGCCGGCCUUGAGACCUCUUCCUGGACCAUGUUCAGUCACAUCGCCAUUUGGGGGAGCAUCGGCCUGUGGGUGGUGUUUUUCAUUAUCUACUCCUCCCUGUGGCCCCUCAUCCCUCUGGCUCCCGACAUGUCAGGAGAGGCGGAGAUGAUGUUCUCUUCGGGAGUCUUCUGGACGGGCCUGGUCUUCAUCCCAAUCACCUCGCUGGCCUUUGACGUGGCCUACAAAGUGGUGAAGAAAGUGUGUUUCAAGACCCUGGUGGAUGAGGUGCAGGAGCUGGAGGCUUUGUCCAAAGACCCUGGAGCAGUGGUGCAUGGAAAGAGUUUGACGGAGAGGGCCCAGCUUCUGAAGAACGUCUUCAAGAAGAGCACCGUCAGUUUGUACCGGUCUGAGUCCAUGCAGCAGAACCUGCUCCAUGGCUACGCCUUCUCUCAAGACGAGAACGGAGUGGUGUCUCAGUCUGAUGUCAUCAGAGCGUACGACACCACCAAAGAGAGGACCAACGAGUGGUGAGCCGCCGGCCCUCUGGUCGGCCAAUCCGGAGCCACAACAGCCGUUUCUACUGGCGAUAUUUGAAGCUUAGC